GGAGCGUUAAUUGAUCUAUCUGCUGUAACUGUCUGGGGCUGGGGCUGUAAUUUUCCCACCUGCUGCCAUAGGAUAACAACCCAUGCGCAGUGACAGGGAACGAUCAGUUGUUGCAAUUGUGUCGGCGGGAAACGGUCGUUAGUAUGGCACUGCUCAUCGCGCGGGUUAUCGUGUUGAUCGUCCUGAUAAUCGUUGUAAGCGCGAAAAGAUCAUCUGCUCCGUUUCAAUUCGACGAGGAAGAUGCUGGAUUGACCGUUCCACAACUGAUCUGGAAGUACGGUUACAAUGUCGAAGAGCACCAGGUUCCCACGGAAGACGGAUAUAUUUUGUCAAUGUAUCGGAUACCGCCACGUAGUGGAACCACCACCAAACGCCCUAUCUUGAUGAUGCACUCGUUGAUGAGUAGCUGCUCGGAUUUCAUUCUUAUCGGGCCGAAGCAUGGCCUUGGAUAUCUCCUUGCGAACCGUGACUACGACAUCUGGCUAAGCAAUGCCCGCGGAAAUCGAUACUCCCGCAAGCAUAAACGCUUCCACGUCAAAUCUCCAAAGUUUUGGAACUUCACCUUCCACGAGAUCGGUUACUACGAUGUUCCCGCAUCGAUCGACUACGUUCUGGACAAAACCAACUCCGAACGGCUGCACUAUGUGGGGUUCUCGCAAGGAACGUUGGUUAGCUUCGUAGCCACGAGCAGCAGACCGGAGUACAACGACAAAAUCAUCCAAAUGCAGGAAAUUUCUCCGGCUGCAUACUUAGGUGAACCGCUCAGUAUUUUCAUUCGUCUUUUGUCACUGUUAGCUCCUGGUUUGGCCGACGGAUAUUUCGCUUCUGGAGCUAACCAGUUUCUGCCGUUCUGGAAGGGGCAGUAUGACUUCUACAACACAGUGUGUCCUGCACCGGCCCAAACUCUCUGUCGAAUUUUGCUCAACGAUGUGGUCGGUGCCAAUCCUCGACAACUGGAUCCAAAAACGCUUCGAAUUUUCCUGGGCCACUUCCCAUCGGGCGCCGGCAUCCUGCAGAUCCUUCAUUAUGCCCAGGCGUUCAAGGAUGGAAUUUUCCGUCGCUACGACUACGGCGAUGACGAACAGAACAGGGCGAUAUAUGGAACUAAAGAAGUGCCACGGUACAAUGUGUCAAAGAUUACGGCUCCAGUGCGGAUCUACUACGGGUACAAUGACAAUGUGAUUCCGUAUGUGAACGUGCAACGGCUAGAGCGGGAUCUACCCAACGUAGUCGGGACCUAUUUGGUGCCUGAUGAACGGUUUACGCACGCGGACUUCAUUCUGGCCAACGAGGUGAAGGAACUGCUGUAUGACGAGAUUGUGAAGAAUGUGGAAGCAGCUGAGCGGGAGGGCUAGGUGCAUGAAUGGAAUGGCUACGUUUGGAUUAUUUACAGUUUAGUUGUGAGGAAUAAAUUGAUUCAUAUAUUUCUGUAAUAUAUUGUCUAAA